AUUGCUGUUCAUAUUUUUGUAGAGAUUGAUAUAAAAAUUGAUUAAAGGAAAAAUGAGCAGUAAAGGAAGUCCUAAUCAAAAAAGGAAAUUAGAUGACAAUGAAAAUGAUGAAUUCAUCGGGCCAAUACCAGUCCCAGAAGCACCAAUUAAAAAGAAGAAAAAACUCGCAUUUGAAAAAACUUAUUUAAAAAGUUUGCCAUCUGCUGAAUCAUACGAAAAAAGUUUUAUGCAUCGUGAUAUCUUGACUCACGUCAACUUCACAAAAACAGACUUUGUGGUUACUGCAAGCAGAGAUGGACAUGUUAAAUUCUGGAAAAAGAAGGAAGAAGAGAUUGAAUUUGUGAAACAUUUCAGAGCUCAUUUAAGUGCAAUAGAGGAUGUAGCAGUGAGUGCCAAUGGAGCUUUGUAUGCUACCAUUGGUAGUGAUAAAGCUUUAAAGGUUUUUGAUGUCAUAAAUUUCGACAUGAUCAACAUGAUGAAGUUUCAGUAUCAACCUGGUUAUUGUGAAUGGGUUUUUAAAAAGGGAGACCCGAUUGCCACAAUAGCAAUUUCGGAGAAGGAGACAUCAGUCAUCAACAUAUACGACGGAAGAGGUGAAUGUACUGCUAUUUCUGUAUUAAAGCUUCAUUCAAAACCCGUCACCCUGAUCAAAUUCAACCAAGUAUUCAAUGUUGCAAUUUCAGCAGACGAAGCUGGUAUGAUUGAAUAUUGGGCUGGUCAGAAAUGUGAUUUUAAUUUUCCAACCAAUUUAGAGUUUGAAUAUAAAACAGAUACAGAUUUGUUUGAUUUUGUAGCUAAUAAAACAUAUGCAACAUCACUAAGUUUUUCACCCGACGGGAAACAAUUUGUGACAGCUUCUAUGGAUCGCAAGAUUCGUGUGUUUAGAUUUCUUACUGGAAAAAAGACCAGAGUCUUGGAUGAAAAUCUUAAAACAUUUACAGAAAUGCAGCAGGAAAAUCAAAUUGUUCCUGAUAUGGAAUUUGGUCGAAGAGCCGCUGUAGAAAGAGAACUUGAGAAAACAGAAGCAUUUCGAAAUAUAAACCCAAUAUUUGAUGAGAGCGGCUACUUUAUCUUGUAUGCAACUAUGGUUGGUGUUAAAGUGGUAAACCUCUACUCAAAUACAUGCGUUAAAAUACUUGGAAAGAAUGAGAACGUUCGAUUUUUGAACAUAUCAUUGUACCAAGGUAAUCCGAACAAAUCAAGUGCUGCAAUCACAAUUGAGAUGAAAGCUUCAGCAAAUCCAUCUUUAGAUAAAAUCACAUCCGAUCCUACGUUAGUCUGUACCGGUUUUAAAAAGAACAGAUUUUAUUUGUUCACAAAAAGAGAACCAGAUCAGGGAGACAGUGAUCGUGACGUGUUCAAUGAGAAGCCUUCAAGAGAAGAAAUGGUGGCAGCGACACAGGGUUCGUCAACGAAAGUUCUGGCCGAGUUGGUCGUUAUGCACACUACGAUGGGUGAUAUACAUUUUAAACUCUUUCCGAAAGAGUGCCCACGUACCGUUGAGAAUUUUGUCACUCAUUGCCGUAAGGGAUAUUACAACGGUCACAUCUUCCAUCGCAUCAUUAAACAGUUUAUGUUGCAAACCGGUGAUCCUCUAGGUGAUGGUACUGGUGGUGAGUCAAUAUGGGGUGAGGAGUUUGAGGACGAGUUUCAUCACACGUUACGUCACGAUCGACCGUAUACACUCAGCAUGGCGAAUGCUGGUCCAAACACGAACGGAAGUCAAUUCUUUAUCACCGUCGUCCCUACGCCAUGGCUUGAUAAUAAGCAUACAGUAUUCGGACGAGUUGUGAAGGGGAUGGAUGUGUGUCAGAGCAUGAGUAUGGUGAGAACACAUCCAAAGUCCGACAAACCGUACGAUGAAAUCAAGAUUGUGAAUAUGGUGGUAAAAUAAUUUUCGGCGACGUAAUAUUGUUCAACCAGAGCGAGAAACUGCCUUUAAAGCUUUCGUUUCAACCAGUAAAUCUUUGUCAGAUGUCGCAAGAAGAAAAUAUAUCACCUUUACUUUCGUACGGAGGAAAUUUCGCGGCUUUGCGGGGUUUUUUUCUUAAAAGAAAUGAAGAAAUUACAUGUCUAAAUCGCUCUUUUUUAUAGUGGAAUUGGUUUUAAUAUACUUCCACUCGAAUUUUACUUAAACGCAAAUUUUUUCCCUUUUUUGUUAAUCGCGCUUUAACUGCAAUAUUUUUUUCCUGCGAAAGUUAAAGGCAAAGGGAUGUCGGAUAAUUGGACAAUCGCUGAUAAUACAUGUAAUGUACAAGUGGUGAUGUAAUCUUCAUCAUGUUAUCUGCGUACCCCGGUUUUUCCUGUUGCUGAAAAUAUAAAAAUAGACUUAUUUACCCUUACUCGGUUUAUACGAAUUUUAUAAACACUUUUAAAAGAUAAAAAAUAUUCAUCGUUGA